AUGGAUUCUUCUGCGGAAAACGGGACACUUUCAUCUCGUGUGGUUGCACUUCCAGACUGUGAUUCUUCUUCACUUGAUUCUGGACAUGCCCGUCUUCUUGAACUUGGUUACAAACAAGAACUCAAGCGUGGACUUUCGGCCAUUUCAAAUUUCUCCCUCUCGUUUUCACUUAUAUCGGUGCUCACUGGUGUCACCACCCUUUACAACACUGGGUUGAACUAUGGUGGGCCCGUUUCAAUGCAAUAUGGGUGGUUUAUGGCUUCUGCUUUCACCAUGCUUGUUGCCCUGUCAAUGGCUGAAAUUUGUUCAUCUUAUCCAACCACUGGUGGUCUCUACUAUUGGAGUGCUAAACUUGCUGGCCCUAGAUGGGCACCCUUUGCUUCCUGGAUUACUGGCUGCAACAGUCUCAAUUGGGCAGGUACAACUAGUGUGGAUUUUUCACUUGCACAACUAAUCCAGGUUAUCAUUCUCCUUAGCACCGGUGGCAAAAAUGGUGGUGGAUAUGAGGCAUCCAAAUAUGUAGUUAUUGCUCUUCAUGGGGGAAUAUUGCUCCUCCACGGUAUAAUAAACAGUCUUCCUAUCUCGGUAAUAUCAUUCUUAGGAAAGUUGGGUGCUAUCUGGAAUGUUUUAGGCGUUUUUGUGCUUAUGAUUCUCAUUCCAUCUGUUGCAACCGAAAGGGCUAGUUUCAAGUUUGUUUUCACUCAUUUCAAUGCUGAAAACGACAAUGGAAUCAACAGCAGACCCUACAUAUUUCUAUUGGGACUUCUAAUGACUCAGUAUACCCUUAGUGGGUAUGAUGCAUCAGCUCAUAUGACAGAGGAAACAAAGGGUGCUGAUAGAAAUGGACCAAAAGGAAUUAUCUGUUCUGUUGGGAUAUCCAUUAUAGUUGGAUGGGGUUACAUACUAGGCAUUACUUUUGCAGUCACUGACAUCCACUACCUUUUGAGUGAAGAUAAUGACGCUGGUGGGUAUGCUAUUGCUGAAGUGUUUUAUCUAGCAUUCAAGAAAAGAUAUGGCAAUGGCACUGGUGGUAUUAUUUGCCUAGUAAUUGUUGCUGUUGCCAUAUUUUUCUGUGGUAUGAGUUCAGUUACCACCAAUUCAAGGAUGGCUUAUGCUUUCUCUAGAGAUGGGGCCAUGCCAUUCUCACCACUGUGGCAUCAAGUUAACAGACAGGAGGUUCCUUUAUAUGCAGUUUGGCUUUCUGUCUUUAUAUCAUUUUGCAUGGCAUUAACGUCCAUAGGAAGCAUAGUGGCAUUUGAAGCAAUGGUGUCUAUAGCAGUGAUUUCCCUCCACAUUGCCUAUGCCCUACCUAUUUUCUUCAGGGUGACCUUGGCCCAAAAGCAUUUUGUCCCUGGGCCUUUCAACUUGGGCCGUUACGCAAUCAUUGUGGGCUGGGCUGCAGUUUUAUGGGUGGUGACAAUCUGUGUACUGUUCUCAUUGCCUGUUUCGUACCCAAUAACCAUCAAAACAUUUAACUACACUCCUAUUGCCGUUGGAUGUUUGGUUGUUCUUGUAGUUGCCUACUGGAUACUCACUGCAAACCGUUGGUUCAAAGGCCCUAUAAACAAUCUUCAAAAAUGA